AUGGUAGAACGUAUGGCUAAGGAGGUUGACAGCCCUAAACCAUUUGAUAUGCUCCAUUAUACCGCCCAAUGUACGCUGGAGAUGGUGUGUGCCAGUUCGCUCAAAAGUGACAUUACGGAUGAUCCGCAUGCACAGGAUGUUUGCGGUGAAAAUGAGGAACAGUUUCGUAAACCACUGGUGUUUCUGGAUCAACUGUUGAACACAAAACGUGGUGAUGAAGAUCUAGCAAUGCAAGAGAUCGAAAACCAUAUCUAUACGAUCAUAGGAGCUGGUAGUGAAACAUCCGCCAAUCAAGUGGCCUACAUCCUGCUACAACUGGCAAUGCAUCCCGAUAUACAGGACCGUGUGUGCGAAGAAAUCCGCUCGAUUUACGGAGACUCUUCUUUGAAUAUAUCCUUCGAAACGAUAUCCGCCCAAAACUAUCUGGAGCAAGUGAUCAAAGAAACAUUGCGACUGUUUCCGGUAGCUCCGCUUGUUGGACGAGAAACGAUCGAGACGGUUAAGCUGGGUGAUGUCGUUAUCCCGCCGGGAGUAACGCUGCUCAUGAAUAUAAUGCAUGUGCAUCGCAGCAAGGAGCUGUGGGGAGACCGAGCAAAUGUGUUCGAUCCUGAUCGCUUCGACCCUGCAACUUAUGAUGCUCGGCAACAGCAUCCCUUUAGCUACAUUCCGUUUGGCGGUGGACCAAGAAACUGCAUUGGAUAUCGAUAUGUGCUGUCCACUCCGCUCUCUGUUAACGAUUCGUUAAAACUGUCGUUUGCAGUUACGCUCAAAACUGGCGUAGGACACCAGAUAUGCAUAAAACGUAGAACGAAAGAUUCCCUGUGA